AUGACUAGACGCAGUGACAGCGAUAAUGACGGAGAGACUUCGUCCCCGUCUCCGUCCUGGCGCCCAAAGAAAUGUAAAGGUGAAAAGCAUGUGUCUUUCCCUCCGGAUGAGGAGAUAGUGUCAGGCUUCGCUGAGCGCAAGGACACAAGCAAUGUUGACAGCCUCACCUUGGCAGAGGUAAUUGAGGCCUACAAGAGGAGCUGCGACAAGCACCAGGUGGAACCUAAACCCAAGAUUCUGGACCAACUUGAGAGUGUGUGUCUGGUGAGGCUGGAUGUAUGUAAUGUGGCCCUGCUGCAGUAUCCAGCCCAGGUCCUGUCAAGAGCCCUCCUCAGAAGCAGACUCACCGUGCUGCACCUCCAAAGCACCUGCCUCAGCGGCAGACCCCUCUUCACGCUUGUGGCUGCUCUGAAGAGCAACAGAGCGCUCCGGGAGCUGUACCUGUCCAACAAUAAUCUGAACAGCGAACAGGACUCUAUGCAGCUAGGAGACCUGCUCAGAUACAACAGCUCCAUCACUACCCUGGACCUCAGCAACAACACCAUAGCAGACUCAGGACUGGAGGAGAUCUGUGAAGGUCUGAGAGUGCAGACAGAUGGACUGAAGGUUCUGAUUCUAUGGAACAACCAGAUCACUCACAAUGGACUAGUCCAUCUAGCCAAAGUUCUGCCUGUCCUAAAGACUCUGGAGACAUUGAACCUGGGGGAGAAUAACCUGCAGAACAGAGGUAUCCACACACUGAGGGAAUCUCUGAUGAUGAACCACUCACUUCUACAGCUAGAACUGAAACACACACACAUCACCUGUGAAGGUGCUGUGGCGUUGGCUGAGUUCCUAGCUGAGAGCCGUCAGAUCCAGCGUCUGGACGUGCGUGAGAACGAGGUCAGGGCUGGAGGUCUCAUGGCCCUCUCUCUGGCCUUACGAAUCAACCACAGCCUCACCUCACUGGACCUGGACCACACACCCAAACAGGAACAGGAGGACUUUCUGAUGGAGACACAGAAGAGUCUACUGAGAGAGAUCAGUGAGCUCUGCAUGGGGAACGCUGCACGCCACCGCAUCGCCACGGAAACAGAGCUGCCGCGGCCCGACUCCUCUGAGGCCCACUGACAACCCCACGACAUGACUGAAAUGGAUACACACGGGCAUACAGACACGCAAAGAAGGAUGCAGUGUUGAAAAGUCACGUGCAUGCAAAGACACACACUUUUAUGUAUCUCUCUCUCACUCUCUCACUCACACACACACUGACGUCCUGUCCCAAUGUCCAUCCCAAACAGCUGACUAGCAGAUCUAUUCGAAUAACAAUUCUAUGGCAAAUAAUGAUAACCAUAAAACUCAAAAUCUGGGUAAUAAACCCGGAGCUCUGCUCUCUAAUGAAACUUGGGGUUGUGUCCCAAAUGGCACCCCUAUUCCCUAUGUAGUGCACUACUUUUGACCCGGGCCAAUGGGGCUUUGGUCAAAAGUAGUGCACUAUGUAGGGAAUAGGGUGACAUUUUGGAUGUAGGCCCAGCCGCCCUGCUGUUCCCAGGCUAAUGUUCCCACCGAGGCUCACACACACUUUCCAUAAAGCAAUAUUGCAAGCCCACUCGAAACGUGAAUCACCUAGAAAUGAAGAGAGCUGUUCUCUCUGUUCUCCACCUCGUUCUCCUCUUCCUCCCCCCGUCUCCCUCGUUUAAUGUCCCCGGAGUGUGACGCGGUCUAAAGCUCUGUUGAUACGGAGAGGUGUGUGUGUGUGUAAAUCCUUGUUUGCUUGUGUUCCAUCAUCACUAAUGUUCACACACUCCUGCAUAGGGGAGCACUCUUGUCUGGUUGUUACUUAUGUUCCACAGCAUCAUCUGCAUGACAGCCACAACUGAACUGAACUCUGCUAACUUACAUUCACACAUGGACAGCCUCAGGUAUGUCACACAGUUUUAGCAACAACAGUUUACCUUCUGUUUUUUAUUGCACUGUCUUGUUUCUUUUAUGAGUUUUCACAUAAUGAAUUUGUACCCUGGUAUUUUUACUGUUAGGAUUCAUGUUCAGGAACUUGAUGUAGUUCUAAACAACACCUACCUACCUGGAUAUGAACAUUUCAAUCAUUGGUUUGGAGCUUCUGGUCAAACUAAUUUAGAUGGACUGAGGGAACAAGGGAUCAACAUGCUUCAAAUCAACAGAGAACAGUACUAUUUUAAUAUUUUAUUAUAUUUCUCUAUCUAUGAUUUUAUAUAUGCAUGAUGAUGUCAUCUCUUUGUUGCUGUGUAUUUGUCACACCUACAAAAAGUGUAUAUUUGUCACACGGAAGAAAAAUAGUCUCUGCAGUUAAAAGGAAUGACAGAACUGCGGCUAAGGAAGGCAUUAUUUGGCUUUGACAUAAGCAUCAUGAUAAUGAGAGCGUGGGCAAAAUGCUUCUCUGCAUAACCACUCUGUUAAUGUAUAGGCUAAUACAUGGUACUUAACGGUACUUACUGUACACCAUUUUCACUUUGAAUCAUACAGGGAUUGAAGUUUGUAGUGAUGUUGAUGGAUUUGUACUUUUUGUGGCUAUAACAGUUACACAACUUUGUGGAGGAGAAACAUUUUAAAUAAUUUGUUGUGUUGCACCUUUUGUUAAAAAAUACCAAAUAAAUA